AUGGAGACAUCAAGCUAUGCUAGUCCAGGCCUGUCAUUCAACACCUUCGGGGGCUCCUCCACCGGCUCACUCAUGAGCGGCGGAAUCCUCGGAAACGCGAUCAAUCUCCUCGGAGCCAUGGGAGAUAUCCGACAGGCAGCGCAGCAGAAUCGGACAGGUGGUUUGCGAUCUGUACGGCUAGAUGACUCUGAUGCCGAGGACGACCUGGCCUACGGCGACUCAGAUGAAGGGACCAGAAAGCCUCGGACUGUAUUAUCUCGGAUCAAAGAUCGUCUCGACAGUGCGACUAGAUCUCGAAACCUACACCGCGAGCCUGACACUCGGCCAGUUCAACGGUCCCAGCGAGGUAGCGGGCAGUCUUCAUAUCGAAGUGAGGUCCGUGAGCCCGUUGACGCUGACGGCUAUGAUGAGAGACACGGUAGCCGCCCAGAUCUCCGCAGAUCUAGCUCAAGUAAGACGGUUGACCUUAAAGACCUCGAAGAAGAUGUUGAGUACUAUGAGGACGGAGUACGUCGGUGUCGAAAGAGGCUCGAGCGUGCUUCACGGCGAGAGCAACGUGAUGUUGGUCACCUCCAAAGUUUGCUGGACGAUGUGGAUUUCCAGGAGGGCUGCUUGGCGACUGCCAGAGCUGAGCUGAAGGCAGCGACUGCACGUACUUCACGCCGUGCUCCACCACCACCAAUUCGGAGACAGACUGAACCCGUCCGAAGGAGGACCGCCACUGUUGAGCCUGAUCUCGAGAGCUUCUUUCCGACUACAGGCCUUGCUGGAAUCUCUGGCCAGAUGAGGACUUCCCAGACCUUGUUUGCCGACCUUCAAGACCUCCACAACAGCGACCCGUUAAUGCGUAACAUGUUUAAUACAAUGCACAGUCCCUUCAACAUGUUCGGGCCCGCCAUGUUCAUGGAGAACGAUUUACAUCAUGUCUUUGGCAUGCCCACGGGACAGACUUUCACAAGCACACAGAGCAAUCCAAGAAAGCCACCAAACUCUACUGGUACGGGACCGAGGCCCUCACGGCAGCAGACCUCUAGAGCUCCUUCAUACGCCACACCUCCGCCGUCACGACCACCAACAACACUUCUUAAACCUGCCGAGGCGAAACAGCUCUUCACCAUGUACACCAACCGCUGGAAUGCCUUGUCUCCAGCAGACGCGAACAUUCCAUACCCGACUCGAGGUCUACAAGCACAAGGACUACUAAGCCGAGACACAAUCUGGGCACCCAGCGUGGCCACCCCACCCUCAACAUGGUCGGACGAAGCUUUGAUGCAAGCGAACGCACAAGCCUUCUACCUCAACGUUGCAGGCUUGAUACCGCAGUACUCCGAAGCUCCCGGCACGAGCAGAAUAGAGAUGGGCUACGAUAAGAGUCGAGCCACAGCUGCACAGGUCAAAGUCUUGGUUGAAAUUCUGAAGAAGGAGAAAGGGCGCUGGCAUUCUGAUCGAUUGGGGAGGAGGAAUAAUGGCAAGCCGGGGCUGAAUGAGGCGUUGCAGAAUGAUGAGCGGAGUAGAGCUAUUUUUCAUGCUGUUUGUGGGUUGAUGGAGACUGCUGCGGCGUGA